GACCUAUCAAGACAACAGAAAAAAAAAACGAAGAGAAAAACAAUCUCAAAACUAAACCUUGAGAAAUGGGAAAUUGAGAAGAAGCUGUUGUUCGUUUUCAGGUACCACUAGGGAUGGGUUCUGUCUCUAUGGCUUCAAUGAAUUGUCUUCCAGACGAACUUCUUGUCCAAAUCUUGUCCUUCCUUCCAACCAAAAAGGCCGCUUCAACUUCUGUUCUCGCCAAGAGGUGGAGGACUUUGUUUGCUGUCCGGCAGAAUCUCGACUUCGACGACUCCGACUUUUUGAACCCGGAAGAAGUAGGUGAAGAUGAUAUGGACGAAAUCAAAGAGAGUUUCAGGAAUUUUGUGGGUAGAACAUUGUCUUUGCAAGGCGCUCAACGUAUCAACAAGUUGUCACUCAAAUGUGGAGAGGUACCUGGCGAGGAUCAUGUUGACGGCUGGAUAAUAAAUGCCCUGGACCGAGGUGUCUCUGAGCUGAAACUAUGCUUAACAGAUGAGAUACGGACCUUUUUGCCAUCCAAUUUAUUCAUCAACAAAACAUUGGUGAAUCUAACAUUGGGGAAAAAACUUGCCAUCAACAAUAUUCCUUAUGAUACGUUUCUUCCAGUACUUAAGAUUCUCUUCCUUCGUUCAGUUUGGUUUCUAGGAAGAGAGUUGUCUGAUGUGCUUCUUGCUGGUUGCCCUGCACUUGAGGACUUAACCAUACACCACAAGCAUUUUUCAGGAACGCCACAAGUCAUUUGCAGCAAAACCAUUAAGAGACUCUCUAUCAUCUCUAAAUCCGCGGAAGAUGUUAAUCUGUUCAGCUUCGUUUCACUUGAUGCACCAAAUCUUGUCAACCUCUUCUAUGUUGAUUACGCUCGGCCUAGGUAUCUUCGUUGGAAUUUGGAUUCACUAGUCAAAGCUACGCUGGAUCUUCAUUUCCUAGAACAUGAAGAAUGUGAUGAGCCAUUUGAACCGAAUGUCACAGUUCUCAUGAAUGGGGUACGCAACGUCAAGAUGCUUCAGUUGACAUUUUCUGCUACUGAGGUGAUUUCGGAAUGCUGCAAAUGUGGACUACCUAUGUUCAAGAACCUCCUUGAUUUGGUGUUUUUCGGUAACAAAGAAAGAGUUUGGAAAGAGCUACUGCCACUUAUGCUAGAGCAUUCUCCAAGCCUAAAAUGUCUGAUCCUCUCGGGUCUGAACUGUUGCACGUAUGAACAAGAGUUUGAUGGGAUUCGCAUUCCACAGACUAACAAGGUAAACUUCUUGGGUAUCAUGUGUUAUGAAGGAACUGAAAACGAGUUGAAGCAUGUCAGCCAUUUCCUACUGAAAAUGGAGCGGCUUCAAGGGCUGCAAGUCCAAUUUCCAACGACAAUGGUUGAAUCCAAAAGGGUGCAACUCACAGAGGAUUUGUUGAAGCUUCCCAGAGCUUCAUCCACUCUCACAAUGCAAGCUGUUUGAUCAUCAUCAUCAUUGUCAGCAUCGUCAGCAGCAUCAUCGAUCAUCAGCAUCAUCAUCCUUAUUAUCAUCCAUCUCAUGUUCUAUAUCAUAUGUUUUAAUGAUUUAUGUUGGUCCUUAAAUUAUGGCUUCUUGAACAGUUGUUGUGGGUAUCAUGUGUUAUGUAUUAAGUAUGU